GGAUGUGUUAACCGAAAUAGCUGAAGUGUUAAUAAAUAACUCGGUUAUUUCAUUUUAAAAAGGGAAGAAUUUAGUGUUGGUUCAUUUUUGGAACAUAUUUUCUGUAAAGCGGUUUUAAACUGGCGGUGUAACGCGGCCCCAAUGCGGUUUUAUUUCUGUCGAGAGAGUUUCUCUGGGAGCCAAAGUUUCUGUAUUAGUUGAGUCCUGCUGACUGGAAAAGAAAGAGGGAGAGGCGAGGCGAGGCGAGGCCUGGAAGAAAGCCUCUGACUGAAAAUUUUAAAGCAAUGGCUGGGCAUUUUGACGCCGAGGACCGUGCUAGCUGGUACUGGGGGAAAAUUAACCGAAAAGACGCGGUUUCUCUGCUGCAGGGACAGAGGCAUGGGGUGUUUCUGGUCAGGGACUCGACCACCAGUCAGGGAGACUAUGUGCUCUCUGUGUCAGAAAACUCCAAAGUCUCGCAUUAUAUUAUCAACAGCGUCAGCAACAACCGACAGUCCAGUUCUGGUCUGGUUCCUUCUCGGUUCCGCAUCGGUGACCAAGAGUUCGACACGCUUACAGGCCUGCUGGAGUUCUACAAGAUUCACUACCUGGACACCACAACGCUCAUCGAGCCCAUCGGCCGUGCCAAGCACGCCAGCUCGGUCGGUCCGGGGUCGACCACCGCACCCACAAAGCAAGACGACGGCGAAUUCGUCCGCGCGCUGUUCGAUUUUCUGGGCAACGACGACGAGGACCUGCCGUUCCGCAAAGGCGAUGUGCUACGGGUGUUGGAAAAGCCGGAAGAUCAGUGGUGGAACGCUCAGAAUGCCGAGGGACGCACGGGCAUGAUUCCUGUGCCCUAUGUGGAAAAAUACAGACCGGCCUCGCCGACCUCUGUAGGCCAGGUAGCGCCUGCUACUGGCACGGUGGAUGGCACCGGAGCUCUCAUUCCCACCAAGCUAGACUAUGCACAGCCGAUGGUUAACACACCACUGCCAAAUCUCCAGAAUGGGCCUGUGUAUGCCAGGGUCAUCCAGAAGAGGGUGCCCAACGCCUAUGACAAGACUGCUCUUGCUUUGGAGGUGGGCGACAUGGUGACGGUGACCAAGAUCAAUGUUAACGGCCAGUGGGAGGGAGAGUGCCGGGGCAAGAAAGGUCACUUCCCCUUCACACACGUCCGCCUGCUCGACCAGCAACAACCCGAGGACGAGAGCUGAGACACGAGUCGCACCAGCACCGACUCCUACGUGAGCGUCCAGCUGUCGAGUCUGUCCUUUGUGUCCAUUCCAAAUUGCUGAAGCUAUAAAGCAGAUGAUUUUUCACUGACCUCAUCAGUAUUGAACUGUCCUGACACAUUUUAAUGCAAACUGAUAUAGAGCUUUACAUGCACGUAGAUUCAUAUAGGAUUACUGUAGAGUUUACAUACACGUUCUACAUUGAGGAUCAUGAAAAGAAAUGAAAUGCACACAUUUGUACAUACAGUCUAACCAGAACUGUGACUGGAACGUUUGGAACAGAUAUUGACUGCUACAAGCCUAGAGAAAUUGACAGAUCUGCAUAUCCAUUAUUUUUAUGACCGUCAGCCAGAUCUGCACCGCCGUCAUUUGGAAAUUUUUAGUGGUACAGCCAAUGUUAUCCGUCCUGAUUUUGUACUGAAAGAAAUAGGAAAUAUUAUGAUGUGAAAUUAUAUAUGAAUAUCUUUAUAUACACACUAUUACAUGUUAAAUAUGCCCUUUUAAAUUUCUUGUUUUAUUUCCAAAUUACCUAUUUAUCGUACUCGAUGUCUUUGAUCAUAACCAUUUUUUUUUUACCAGGAUUUGUUCAGGAAUAUAGGACCGUACGCUUGUGCAGGGGGGAAAUGGACUUCCUGAGGAAAGGCUAAGAAUCCGCAUUCCGUUCACACAGAGGAAAAUCUACAAGCUUAAGAUUUGUGAAUGAAAGUAUUUUUUUCUAAGACUCGGAGGUCUAGUACUGUUUUUAUUUUGGGGGGGGUUGGGGGUGUUUCUAUUGUCUCCAGUGCCACGAAGACAGUUCAUGCUCAUAGAAGCGCAUUUUUAUUAUAUAUAAAACUGUUUUAAAACAAAUGUAAGUAUUCAGUCAAGUGUUAGUAAAGCCUGGUGUACUGUACAAUAGACCGCUGUACCACUCACACUACAAGACUCAGUCAUUUCCCGUCAGGCUUCUUGUACACUGCAUGAUUGAGCCACGUUGCUUCAAAGCUCCUUUCGGUUCGUGGGUGGUAAGGAGGUAAACCGCUGUAUAUGAUCUGUCGGGUUUUACAAAAUACAGAUUAAAACGCAUAGACAUUUUUACUGUACAUGCUUUUGUUUCUUUUUUUUUGUGCAAGACUUUCAAACUUUGCAUUACACAUCUCAGUAGAACAAGAUAACUGUGGCUUGUUAAGUUUAUUGGAGAAGAAAUGAUGUUGGACCCUCCAAUUAAAUGACAAUA